GUAUAUAUUGGUGAACUUCCUCAGGAUUUUCUUCGCAUCACCCCAACACAACAGCAACAACAGAUCCAAAUGGAUGCUCAAGCAGCUCAACAAUUACAAUAUGGCGGCGCAAUGGGUACUGUUGGGAGACUGAGUAUCACUGUAGUGCAGGUAAUUUUGUAA